AAAGAAGAAGAUAUCGGCCCUUAUUAGCCCUAUAAAAUGGAGAGACGAUUGCCGCCUUCUCCAUGCAGAUGAUCAUUUGAGUUCGAGCCAGCUUACUACAAUGGGCUGCUGGAUUUCAUUCUUCUCACUCUCAACUUUCCUCCUGCUUGUUGAGGCCACAAACACAAACAAUGGCUCUCUCACUAUAAAAGCUUACUGGAAUGAGGUCUUCCCCACCACUCCCAUGCCCAAUGCCAUUCAAGGUCUCCUACCAUCCUCAACAAAGUUCUUAGGAUUUGGUGGCCCAGGAAUCAGACCUUGGAUUAGUAGGUGGGGCGCACUGGGGCACAACCAUGAUUCGUCCAACGUCAAUUGGUCACCGGAUCUUGCACCUCUUUAUUUCCUAAGAGAAGACCUCCAACCUGGUAGCAAAAUGAACGUCACCAUGAUGAUCAGACCUGAAUCAUAUGCUUCUAGCGAUGGCCGCAAUGUCAGCUCUGAGCCAACCUUCUUGCCACGCCAACAAGCUGAGGCUAUUCCCUUCGCAUCCUCCAAUCUCACUGCCAUCCUUAAGAUGUUCUCCAUUCAACCCCACUCUGAGCACGCAUCUCUUACCAGGCAAACGCUUGCCGAUUGCGAGAUGCCUGCACUUAAAGGAGAAGUUAAGUACUGCGCAACAUCUCUGGAAUCCUUGAUCGAUUUCGUUGUUGCUGAAUUCAGAACCAGUAAGAUUCACGCCGCCGUCACUUCUGUUGUUAACAGAGAGGAGGAGGUGAAAGCCAGGAGUUACAGGGUAGGUGUUGGUGGGGGGAGGCUGAUGUCCCAUAAAGUCGUGACAUGCCAUGAGACGAUGUUUCCUUGUGCAGUGUUCUACUGCCACAAUUUUGCAGGGACACGGCCAUACAUGGUGCCAUUGGUUGCUGAUGAUGGUAGCCGAGUAAACGCCAUUGCUUUGUGCCAUUUUGAUACAUCAAAUUGGAAUCCUGGACACGCGAGCUUCCAGUUGCUGGGUGUUAAACCGGGAACUGUUCCCAUUUGCCACUUCAUUCUGAAGGAUCUCGCCUGGGUCCCCAACUGACCUUCAUGCUACCUCCUUAGUGUGCACGGCGGUGUCCUAAUGGUAAACUAGAAUGAACCGAUAUUAAAAUAAAAUGGCAUUGAUCAGGUAGCUUGCCUUGUGUCUGGCCGUCAGACAUGUAGUCUGUCAAGUGAAGUGUAAGCGUUAAGUUAAAAAUACUUAAUGCAACUCCCACCCUAUUUAGUUGUUAUGUGAUAGCUUUCCAAUACACAAAGGGUCCCCCUUGUUUGCACAUCUGCCCAAAUGUAAGGUCUUAACAUUAAGUUAAAUUAUUGUCUGAACUUACAUAUGAGCAUGUAGCAUUUGAAACACAGAGUAUGAAAGUUUGGAAAUUGGUAGUUUA